GCUUCCAUCUGGCCGCAUGAGAAGCUACCACGGGCCGGAUUUGGCCCCCGGGGCCUUGAGUUUGACUCACAGCGGCUUUCUUCUUUCCUGUUUUGUUGUGCGCUAAAAGGCCGGAUUUGCUCUACUAGUCGUUGUCCCAUUGACAGACCCUCCCGCCUUAGCCAGCCACUUCAGCUCUCCAUCCCCCCUCCGCCUCGCAGUCGCUCCUGUUUGCAUUCAGACUUUGCGCUGGCGUUCCCUUUCAGUCAAUGCCGAACUCAAAGCCUCUACAUUACGGCCGUCCUUUCUCUCGUCGGCCUCGGCGCUGCCGACGUGGAGCUUUGUUCUCGCCGCUUGACAGUUUGUAUUAAUCAAAGGGAAAUUGCAGCAGGGGGGACGUGGGGGCAGGUCAGCGCGUUUUUAAUGGUGUCAAGAGCCAAUUGUCUUGAAGGUCAGCGGUGCAUUCGCAGAGCUUUCACUCCGGCCUGGUUCAAGAGAGCAUGUCAUUCGGUUUCUAUCUGUCUUAUUGUCGGCUAAAGACGCUCCGUGACCUGCUGAACUUUCCUCUAAUGUGGUGAGAGCGUAUUACUGGACGUGGGACAAAUGAAGGAGCCGAGGUCAACAUUUAGUAAUGCCUCCUUUAAAGUUGGAAAACCUGGAAGGAAGCGUAAGCAGUUUCCAGUGGAGAGCUGCGGAUCCAUCACGGACUGCGCGAGCGUUUGCAACAGCUACCUUGAGCUGUGCCGGCCGUCCAUAUCGCAAGUCUACAACGGAGAGACCGACCCUCGUGGAGACAAGACGCCCGACGCCUGCUUCCCCAAACAGGAGAGGCGGGAAGUAGAGAAUGGAAUUCCCAGAUGCCCGUCCUCCUACCAGGAGGAGGAGGAGGAGGACGGCUCCCAGGGUCAGAGCCCCAGUCCCUCCCAGGAGAACGGCUUCCUGUCCAGCCAGGAGGAGCGGGAGCUGGAGAAGGACAAGGACGACAGCCUGACGAUGCCGCGCAAGAAAAGAGGGAGGCGGAAACUGGAGCGGCCGACGAAGUAUGUGGAGCACAAGGAAGACGACGGGUAUGACGCAAUCAAGACCGAGGGAGGUCGAGGCAGGCUACGAAGGGGAGUUGGUUGGGAGAUCAGCCUUCGACAGAGGCCAAUGCCCAGAAUAACCUUCCAGGCUGGUGACCCUUAUUACAUUAGCAAGCGGACCAGGGAGGAGUUGAUGGCCAAGUGGAAGAUGGAGGCAGAGAAAAGAGCCAAGCUAAUGUCAGAGAUCAACAUAAUGAAGGACCUGGAGAAGACCGACGCAGAGAGCCGGACAGAGGAGCUCCCAAUAAUCAAACACCUGCAGCCUUCAAAGCAACAACCUCAGCCUCAGCCGCACAGCCAGCCUCAGCCGCAGCCUCAGUAUCAGCAGCAAUCACAGCCGUCUCUGCCGCAGCAGCAGCUGCAGCAGCUGCAGCAGCAGCUGCAGCAACACAAGCAGCCACCUCAACAGCAGCAGCAGCAACCUACUGACCCGGCUUCUCCCACCGUGGCCACCACCCCGGAGCCUGUCGCCAUCGGAGGAGAGGAAAAAACUUCACAAAAGUCUUCAGACACCGAGCCCGAGUAUGAGGACGGCCGUGGUUUUGGCAUCGGCGAGCUGGUUUGGGGGAAGCUGCGAGGAUUUUCUUGGUGGCCGGGCCGCAUCGUGUCCUGGUGUAUGACGGGCCGGAGCAGAGCCGCCGAGGGAACCAGAUGGGUCAUGUGGUUUGGAGACGGAAAAUUCUCAGUGGUAUGUGUAGAGAAACUUCUGCCUUUAAGUUCAUUUAAUAAUGCCUUUCACCAACCAACUUACAACAAACAGCCCAUGUACAAGAAAGCAAUCUACGAAGUGUUACAGGUGGCUAGUAGCCGGACAGGAAAAGCCUUCAUAGCCUGCCCCGACAGCGACGAAAGUGAAACCUCGAAAUCAGUGGACAUGUUAAACAAGGAGAUGAUUGAGUGGGCAAUGACCGGGUUUCAGCCCACUGGACCUAAGGGCUUAGAGCCACCUGAAGAGGAGCGUAACUCCGAGGUUUACCCCGAGAUUUGGGUGGAGCCCGAAGCGGCGGCCUACACGCCCCCCCCAGCCAAAAAGCCUCGCAAAAGCGCGGUGGAGAAACCGAAAGUCAAGGACAUCAUCGACGAGAGGACGCGAGAGCGACUUGUUUAUGAAGUGAGACAAAAGUGCCGCAGCUUGGAGGACAUCUGCAUCUCUUGUGGAAGUCUGAACGUGAGCCUGGAGCACCCCUUGUUCGCCGGAGGAAUGUGCCAGAGCUGCAAGAACUGCUUCCUGGAAUGCGCGUACCAAUACGACGACGACGGUUACCAGUCGUACUGCACUAUCUGCUGUGGUGGACGUGAGGUGCUCAUGUGUGGAAACAACAACUGCUGCAGGUGUUUCUGUGUGGAAUGUGUAGACCUCCUCGUGGGUCAAGGAGCCGCCCACGCUGCCAUCAAAGAGGACCCGUGGAACUGCUUCAUGUGCAGUCCGAAGGGCGUGUUUGGUCUUCUGGAGCGCCGCUCAGACUGGCCCGACCAUCUGCAGCUCUUCUUCGCAAAUAAUCACGACCAAGAUUUUGAUCCACCAAAGCUUUACCCCCCAGUCCUGGUGGAGAAGAGGAGGCCCAUUCGUGUUCUGUCGUUGUUUGAUGGCAUAGCGACAGGACUGCUGGUGUUAAAAGAACUUGGCAUCCAAGUGGAUCGCUAUGUGGCGUCCGAGGUGUGUGAAGACUCAAUCACAGUGGGCAUUGUCCGACAUCAGGGGCGGAUCAUGUAUGUUGGGGAUGUGAGGAAUGUCACACGCAAACAUAUUCAGGAGUGGGGUCCGUUUGACCUCGUCAUUGGUGGAAGUCCCUGCAACGACCUCUCAAUAGUCAACCCUGCUCGCAAGGGUGUUUAUGGAGGCAGCGGCCGCCUCUUCUUUGAGUUCUACCGGCUGCUCCACGAGGCUCGGCCGAAGGGAGGAGACGACAGACCGUUCUUCUGGCUCUUUGAAAACGUCGUUGCGAUGGGUGUGAGCGACAAGAGGGACAUCUCUCGCUUUCUAGAGUGUAAUCCAGUCAUGAUUGAUGCCAAGGAGGUGUCUGCCGCUCACCGCGCCCGUUACUUUUGGGGUAAUCUCCCUGGCAUGAACAGACCUCUGUCGGCCAUGUGCUCCGACAGGCUGGACCUCCAGGACUGUUUGGAGCACGGCAGAACGGCAAAGUUUGAGAAGGUGAGGACCAUCACCACCAGGUCUAACUCCAUCAAGCAAGGAAAGGACCAGCAUUAUCCCGUCUAUAUGAACGAAAAAGAAGACAUCCUCUGGUGCCCUGAGAUGGAAAGGGUAUUUGGCUUCCCAGUCCACUAUACAGACGUUUCCAACAUGAGCCGACUGGCGAGGCAGAGGCUGCUGGGCCGAGCGUGGAGCGUCCCCGUCAUCCGCCACCUGUUUGCACCACUUAAAGAUUACUUUGCCUGUGUUUGAGGAGCGAGACGUUGCCUUUCAGGCUAUUUUAGGAACUAGAAAUAAUAAGAGCCUUGAUUCUCAGAUUAUACUCUGGUAUAAUUUGCAAACAUUGACAUAGAUUCACAUUAUCUCUUGUAUUUGAAUUGUAAUUCUUAUUCUAUUUAAUUUUGGGUUGUUUUUUUUAUUUUUUUUGUCAUUUUUUACCUUUUAGCAUUGUUAUCGAAUAUUGUUUAUAUGUUUGUGCGAGCUAUACUUGUAUGAGUGGAAUUUUGUUCCUUUUUAAAACGGUGAAUCAAAACGUUUCUCAGUGGAGAAAAAAAAAGAAAUUUUACACCAAAACUAUACAAAUUGGAAAUACUAUUAUUUUGCGGGAAAAAAAAAAAACAACACAUUUGCUUUCAAAUCCAAAAGUUUUUAUUUUGAAUGAAAACGUUUGGAUCACAAAGCUAAACUUUUCUUCUCGUCGGAAAUCUUUGGUCUGGCACUCGUAUUUGUUUUUGGGGGUUUGUUUCAGUGCAUAGCUUAAACUCUUUUUUCUUUUUACUAGUGUUUGACUUGAUUAGUUCUUGUGCAAAAACUGAAAUAUUGCAAAUCUGUACUGGACUCUUCAACACUAAACAGAGAUUCUGAGAUCUUAGCUUUUCCUCUAAAUAGAGUCCAGCUUGAAAAAAUGACAAUGUAGAGAAUAAUUAAACCUGAACUAACCAAAAUAUAUAUUUUUAUACUCCCCCACUCUUGAAGUUAAUGUUUAAUGCACAGCAAACCAAAAAGUGGUUUCAAGCUAAAUAUUCUCAACCUAAAAUUGUGGAGGCGCAAAAGAAACUUUUAGCUUUGUAAGCAAACCUGUAGAUGCAAAUUUAAGCUUAAAUUGUAUUAUCUUUACAAAGCAAAACAUUCAAUUGCAUUUUUCUCUACCUUUCACAUGUUUGUUUUUUUUUAUUGAGAUUUUUUUGUUUUGAUUGAUUGCAUCAAAAAAGAACAAAAUUCACAUCAUAAUUCUUGAGACUACGCUUUCCUCUAGAGCAGGGGUGUCCAAAGCCGGUCCUCGAGGGCCGGCAUCCUGCACGUUUUAGUUCUCUCCCUGGUGGUAGUAACAACCUUUUCAGCAGGUCAAUGUUCCUCUAAGGGCUUCUAACAAGCUAUCAUUUGAUCCAGGUGCGUUAAACCAGGGAGAGAACUAAAACAUGCAGGAUGCCGGCCCUCCAGGACCGACUUUGGGCACCUCUGCUCUAGAGACACUGAGACACUCGAGCGCCGAACGCGUUUUACUAAAGAGACUGAAAUCUCUCGAGAAGCAUGCGGGACGGCGUUUUAGGUGCGUGAAACGCGUCGGCGCCGCCGCAGCCGCAGCCGCAGCAGCAGCAGCAGCAGCAGCAGCCGUGCUUCCAGCUACUGAGCCUCGACGGGGAUGUGAAAAGCGAAUUUUCUUUAUUUUUUUUUAUUUUUUAUUUUUCGUUUCGCUUCGGUGUCGGGGGAGGGCCGUGUCUCUGAAAAUCCAAAACGCCAGAUCACAAAUACCUCUUUGUUUAUGGUUUCUAUACACAGCUGAAGGUAAUAAAGGUACUACUGUAAUAUGGUUACAACACCAUGGUGCUUCAAGAUGAUGACAGACAUGAUAACCCAUGUGGCACUACGACUUUAGACAACACAGAGCUCUUUAACCUGUUGCUCGAAAGACUUCUGCUGGAUGUUUUUACAUUUAAUUGAAAAAAAAAAAAAAGAUGUACUAAGUUCUGGGAAACAGACUUUAAACUGCAACACAGAGCCUGUCCUCUUUUACAACUUUUGUACUGUUUCUACUGGUGCUCAUUUGGUCUCCCAGCCUUUCUGCACUCAGGCCCAAGGCCUGCAUCUGCACAAACAGGGUGUGAAGCUAGCCACAUGGGGAAUGAUGUUUCCUGUCAUUAAAAAAAGAAAUAAAUAAAACAAACAACAAAAAAAAAAUCUUUUUAAGUCUUCGGUGAGCUACUUUUUUUUCUAGUGUCACCCCGACUAACGAUAUUACUGUACAACUGUUAGUAAGUGCUGUUGCUGGACGCCCGGUGACCGUCCUCCUCAACGUCCGCCUCUCUGAACUGAAAAAAAAAAACAACUGUCAGGUGCAAAAACUCAACAACAUGGUGCGGCUUCACAAGGUUCUUCUACCUUUUAUAGCAAUUUUGUGCUGUUUUAUCAACAUUAUAAGCACUUUUAUAUGUAUACUUUCUUGUUUUCUUGAUUAUUAUUUUUUUUAUCAUUAUUAAAUGAUAAUUCUUGUGAAUUUUUUUUUUUUUUUUAGUUUUAUGAUGUGAAUUGAUCUACCCCUUGUGUAAUACUUUUUGUAUUCAGUAGGGCUGUGCCAAUAGAAGUACAAGUAUGGAUUUUGAUAUGUGAAACUUGUUAUUGGACUGUGUACAGUUGGUGGAUUGAUGUUUGUUGACCUUUCCUUUUCCUCCAUCGUUCAUAUUGUACUCUAUUUUAAAGCAGCAGCAAACCAUGUCACCACUAGGCAUGGGUCGGUGAGAUUCUCACGGUGUGACUUUGGGUGAAAAUACCAUGGCUUCCUGGUAUUUGUACAAACGAGUUAAGAAUAAGGAUCAAUAACAAGAUUUAAUUGCUUUUAUCAGAAGAAAAAGGCAACAAUUAUUCCUGCUGCUGCUAAAUUAAUGCAACCUAUUGAUUAUUGGUGUAAUAUAGGGUUAGCUAUAACAUACAUUGUCGUAGACUUAAGAGCGUAAACAACGGAUAAAUUCAGUUGUUUUCUUUCUAAGCUAAUAUGUAACAAGCUAAUGCUAGCUCGGGAAUUAGUCAAGCUUUCAAUAUAUCAGAGCACACAAGCUGCUCGUAGCUUGCCAACUAUACUUUUAAAUUAGCACUAUCUUUAAAUUUAAAAAAAAGCGCGAUAGGCGGCGCUUCUUUAAUUUCCACACCUUUCGAAUAACUCUCCGAGCUGUUUCCGGAACCUUUUUUUUUUUUUUUUUUUGCUAAAGCUAAAUUUGUAGCGCUGUACAGCCAGGAAAGUUAACUUUGGUUACUCAAGCACUUUUUCUGGGCUUCUCUGAAAAUGAUUUUUGAACUAUAGGAAAUUGUAUAAUGGACUUUUUUUUUAUCGGGCUUCAAACGGUAAUGUUUAAAAAACUUCGGAAUAUCUUAGGACCUGUAAGCGGCUCAUGCCUAGUUACCGCCCAAACUCAACGAAUGUAGAAGAAGAAAAAUGUCUGCCAGAGUUUAAAUAUUGUCACCUGCUUUUCAUCUAUAUUUUGUCUUGGGCCUCUGGUAUUUCCCUGAAAAAUUUUAAGAGUGCGGAUCACAGCCACCCUCGGAACCAGAGGGAGGCCAUUACUCCUGAUUUUAAACUAAAAGCUAAAUCAGGAGGCUCGACGCCACGGUUUGUCAAAACAAAAAACUGACGUAGUGUUUGACAAAGAUUUCAGCUCUCAAAAGAUUUAAAGAGCCUAAUGAAAGCAGAUGUGAUCACUUAAUCUAUAUCGUAUUUAAGAUUGAAAUUUUUUAAAAUUUUAUUUCUCUAUGUAAUUACUUUCUUAAGUGACCUUAUCGCCAUAAUUUUUGUCCUCACAGAAGAGUCAUAUUUUCCCUGUUCUGAAACAAAAGAAAAACCCAACAUCCCUUCAUCUUUGUACAUUUUUUUUUUUACAUUUUGUAAAUAGAAAUUUUCAGUCACUGUUUUCCAAUUCAUCUUUGUUCUUUUUUAAUGAUUUUUAUUUCAUAUAAGAUGUACAAAUAUUCUUUCCUAAUAUAUAUCAUCAACAACACAUUUUUUUGGGGGAGGGGAUAAAAGUUUUUUUUUAAAAAAUCAAAAAUCUGAUUCAGAACUUGCUUUAAACAUUAGACGUUAGCUUUUCCAUCCCAAUCUGUGUGAAUACAGAUUCGAUGUCUUUGUGAUGUUAGCAUUGGCCUAAUGGACAGCUUUAAGCAUAAUGGUCUCAGUGUUAGCGCACAGCCCUACCUGGUGGUGUUUUUUUUAUUAUUAUUAUUAUUUUAGCUUGUAUUUUAAUGUUUUUUCCUUUCUGCUUAUGUAAAAAGAGGGAUUGUAGUUGUUUCCAAUGGUGCUAAACAGUUUAUCUUAUCCAGAAACAUAUAUUUAAUUGGGAGAGAAAUGAAAAUGACAAUGACUGUUUUGAGUUCUUUGUAGUGAUGAAAAAAGACCUGUUAUGUCAGUCAUACAAAUAUAUUAAAAAGGCAUUUUAACUUUGUACUUGAAAAAAAAAAGGAG